GCUGUUGGUGAGGCUAUGUAGUCUUCCUGGGAGCAUGGGCAAAAAACAUAAACUUCACGAGAAAGGUAAAAAACGGCGAAGAGAAGAUGGAUACUCCGAUGAAGGGGAGAAUCUUGAGCUAGAAGGUGUACCACAAGCAUCUACACAAAAUGUUGAAGAGGAUGGAGAUAAGACAACUCCGAAGGAUCAGUAUGGAGCUUUUGAUUACCGAUCACAAAUGGAACUUAGAGAUGAUCAUGAAACACGACCACUGUGGAUUGCAACCAAUGGUCACAUCUUUUUGGAAUCUUUCUCUCCUGUGUAUAAGCAUGCUAAGGAUUUCCUUAUUACCAUUGCUGAACCUGUUUGUCGUCCAGAACACGUACACGAAUACAAAUUGACAGCAUACUCACUCUAUGCUGCAGUUAGUGUUGGUUUGCAGACCCAUGACAUAAUAGAAUAUCUCAAGAGAUUAUGUAAAACAAGCUUACCUCCUGGAAUAUGCCAAUUCAUACAAAGUUGCACUCUCUCCUAUGGUAAAGUCAAGUUGGUCUUGAAGAAAAAUCGUUAUUAUGUUGAGAGUGAUUUCCCAGAUGUUAUCCAAAAGCUCAUUAAAAAUCCAACUAUCCAGGAAUGCAUGCUGAGUCCUAACGAAGGCAUAGUUAGCACCGAGAAGCAAAAAUCUCAAGCUAUCGUGUUUACUAGUCAUCAAGCUCAAAUGGCAGGGGGCUCUGAAGACUCAAAAACUGAUGGAAAGACCGAAGGUGAUGCUUCUAAUGGUAAUGUUAAGGAAGAUGGGGGUGUUGUACCUGAAGAUAUAACAGAUUUUUAUGAUAAAAUUGAUAAAGCUGAUGAAGAGGAAGAGGAAGAUAAAAAUCUUAAAACUUUAUCUUUUGAAGUUAAUCAAGACAGAAUUGAAAUGCUGCAAAAAACAUGUAUAGGACUUGAUUAUCCUUUGCUGGCUGAGUAUGAUUUUAAGAAUGACACAGUAAAUGAGGAUAUUAAAAUUGAUCUUAAGCCAUCUGCAGUAUUAAGACCUUAUCAAGAGAAAAGCCUACGAAAAAUGUUUGGAAAUGGACGUGCAAGAUCUGGUAUAAUAGUGCUUCCUUGUGGAGCAGGGAAGAGUUUAGUCGGUGUUACAGCCUGUUGUACAGUUAACAAAAAGGCUUUAGUUUUGUGUAAUUCGGGUGUUUCUGUAGAGCAAUGGAAACAGCAGUUUAAGAUGUGGUCCACAGCCACAGAUGACAUGAUCUGUAGGUUUACAUCUGAUGCAAAAGACAAGCCAUUUAAUGCUGGUAUCUUGGUAACAACUUAUGCCAUGAUUUCUCAUAGCCAGAAGCGUGCUUAUGAAGCAGAACAGACAAUGAACUGGCUAAAGGAUCAAGAGUGGGGCAUAAUGGUUCUAGAUGAAGUGCAUACUAUACCUGCCAAAAUGUUCAGAAGAGUUCUCACAAUUGUUCAGUCUCAUUGUAAGCUAGGACUAACAGCAACACUGGUGAGGGAAGAUGAUAAGAUUGCUGAUCUAAAUUUUCUGAUUGGUCCAAAGUUGUAUGAAGCAAACUGGCUGGAGCUACAAAAAGAGGGAUUCAUUGCCAAGGUACAAUGUGCCGAAGUGUGGUGCCCUAUGACUCCUGAGUUCUAUCGUGAAUAUUUGAUGGGGAAAGUAUCUGACCAGAAAAUUAAGUUACUUUGUGCUAUGAAUCCCAAUAAAUUCCGAACUUGUGAGUUCCUCAUCAAGUACCAUGAAAAUCGCAAUGACAAGAUAAUUGUUUUCAUUGAUGAAGUUUUUGCAUUAUCCCAUUACGCAAAAACUAUUCAGAGACCGUUUAUAUGUGGAAAGACUGGGCAGAAGGAGCGAAUGGCUAUCAUUCAGAACUUUAAGUUGAAUCCAAAGGUGAAUACAAUAUUCUUUAGCCGAGUGGCAGACACAUCAUUUGAUAUACCAGAAGCAAAUGUCCUGAUUGAAAUUUCUUCACAAGGUGGGUCCCGUCGACAGGAGGCUCAGAGAUUGGGCCGUAUUCUGAGAGCUAAAAAGGGCCCUGUAGCAGAGCUUUACAAUGCUUUUUUUUAUGCUCUUCUAUCCCAGGACACUCGAGAAAUGGGAUACUCCCGAAAGAGACAGAGUUUUCUCAUCAAUCAGGGUUAUGCAUACAGAGUUAUUACACCAACGCAGCUGUUGGGCAUGACGGAGCAACAGCUUCACUAUACCACACGAGAAGAAAAAGUGCAGCUCCUGGAGCAAAUCUUGGCUGCUUCUGAAGCAGAUAUGUACGAGGAAGGCAUUUCUAAUGAGCGUGGAGCGUCUGGUUCUCACCGUCGGAUGGGCAACAUGGGAUCAAUGUCUGGAGCUGAUGACUCAAUUUAUGGUGAGAGACGAAAGGGAUCCAAAAAAGACCAUCAGCAUUUUCUUUUCAAGAAAUUUAGGUCAUAAAGAUAUACUGUACUUCACAUUAUGCAAAUUUAUUUCAGCUGGGAUUCUUGGCGAGACUUAUAGUCAAGUAUUUCAGGUUUAAUUACAAGUAUUCGUGUUGACUGUGGUCCUUUAGUCAUUUGUGAUACAGCAUAAGCAAACUUUUGGCGUAUCAGGAAAAAUAUACAGUGGUACCUCGAGUUUCGAACAGCUCCCAAAUUGAACAGUUAUGUAAGUGUAUUUUUGUAAGUGCUUUUGUAAGUAUAUUUUUAGGGGAUCUGAAAUGGACUAAUGUAAUUUACAUUAUUCCUUAUGGGAACAAAUUUGGUAUCGGCACUUGAACAGCCUUCUGGAACAAAUUUAGUUUGUAACUUGAGGUACCACUGUACUUCAGUUUAACCAACUUAAAACUUCUCAUUUUUUGUCAAACAUGUACAUAUUUACUGUACGUAAAAUAUCAAAUACAGUACUGUAAGUCAGGUAUCCCUUGUUUAUGAGAAGGAUGUAGUGCAACCAAAUAAAGGAAUUAUUUAACAUUUAAAAAAUAGGGAUAUAUUCUGAAAUCUUGAAUAUACUACCUUCAGGCCCUUUUCUACCAUAUUUCACUGAUUAGACUUUUUUUUUUUUCUAAGAAAUCAAAUCUAACAAAGCUGUUGCAGGCCAUAUUAGCAACAUGUACAAUGACAGUGUUGUCCCCCACUUCAGACAAAUCUUAAAGAAAUGCCAGAAACAGAGCUCUCUGGACAGAUAUUUUGUGCAACAGGGUUCCAUUGACUUUCAAGUUGUUCCCAGUGCCAGUGUCUUUAAAAAACAAAAAAGGGAAGUAACCUCAGAUAAGGACUUCAUACCUGAAGUUCUAAUGGAAGGAGAUUCUCCUUCCAAACAAUAGUGUACACCUUCCUCCUAUCCCCUCCUCCCAUCUUCCAUCCACCCAGAAGUCUUCAGUAAAAGUAAGUGUAAUGUUGUUGUUAUUUUUUAUAUGCAUGUACAUACUUGAUUUCUCAUUGUUUUCAGUAUGUAAAUCUUUAUUUAAUUUGAAAAAAAAAAAUUAUUUUAACAUUUUUGGGUGUCUGGAAUGGAUUAAUUUUAUUUCCAUUAUUUCUUAUGGGGAAAAUGGUUUCGCCAUAUGGCAAUUUCGACUUUCAGCAGGCUCUCUGGAAUGGAUUAAUCACGAAACUUGGGGGUCCACUGUAUGUUAUAUAAAGGGAAUAAAUUUUAACAUUAUUAUUUACAAGAAAUGCCUGUGUUUAUUAGUAUCCAGUGGUAUAAAGUACUAAUUUUUGGGGUUUAAAGCUGUACAAAGAUGUACAAGAUGUGUGUCAAUCUCCAGUUAUAUUAUGUAUUGGAAAUAUAAUAAAAUUUUGUUUGAUA